AUAAAUCACAAAUAUAAAAAUUAACAUAUUUGUAAUUGUAGACAUGUGAGAAACAAAAUAGUUCCUUGAGCCUCUCUUUUGGGGAAGUUUAUUCUAUCUAGGAGUCUUUUAAAUUUUAGUAGGCAACCUGUAAAGAUAAUCUAGAGUGGAGAGAGAGAACCCAUGGAGAUGAGGAGUCUUCAAUAUAAAUAAAGCUUUCUUCUUUUUGCUCUCAAAUCUUUAUUUAUUUGAAAAGAUUUCUUGUUGAUGCAAUCCAUCUUUUUGAAAGAUUUCUUUUUAUAGAAAUCCCCUGCAGACAUACAUUCCUCGCCACCCUUUGAGCUGAUUAGUUAUUGUUAAUCUCCAUCAGCAACUGCAAGCAAGGAUUUUUAGAAAUAUUUUUCUUGCAGUUGGGUGUUUUGGCCUUUGGGUAUUGUAUAUAUUUGGAAUGAUGAAACAAAAAAUUGUUUCUUGUUCAUCAUUCCCAGGUGCCCCCCUUUCUCUCUCCUGAUUCCUCUCUCUCUGCAGAUAGAAAGGAGGGAAUGGAAGCUAUCUCGGUUUCCAAGUGGUGUUUACUGUGUGCGUUUCUGUUUUUGGGCCUUCAGCUGGUUCAUAGUAGUGUUAGCUAUGACAGGAAGGCUCUUAUCGUCAAUGGGCAAAGGAGGAUCCUCUUCUCUGGCUCCAUACACUACCCAAGAAGCACCCCUGAAAUGUGGGAAGACCUUAUACAGAAAGCCAAAGAUGGAGGGUUGGACGCCAUUGACACCUACGUGUUUUGGAACGUUCACGAACCAUCUCCUGGCAAUUAUAAUUUUGAGGGAAGAUAUGAUUUGGUUCGAUUCGUAAAGAUGAUCCAAAAAGCAGGGCUCUAUGUCCAUCUUCGCAUUGGGCCUUACAUUUGUGCUGAAUGGAAUUUUGGAGGCUUUCCUGUUUGGUUGAAGUAUGUUCCAGGAAUCAGCUUCAGAACCGAUAACGAACCUUUCAAGAUGGCAAUGCAGAAUUUUACCCAGAAAAUUGUCCAAAUGAUGAAGAAUGAAGAGUUGUUUGAGUCACAAGGUGGUCCUAUCAUCAUCUCUCAGAUUGAGAAUGAGUACGAACGAGAAAGCAAAGCAUUUGGAGCUGCUGGCAAAGCAUACAUGAAUUGGGCUGCAAAGAUGGCUGUAAAAAUGGAUACUGGGGUCCCAUGGGUUAUGUGCAAAGAAGCCGAUGCCCCGGAUCCUGUGAUAAACACAUGCAAUGGCUUUUAUUGUGACUAUUUCUUUCCAAACAAACCUUAUAAACCCACAAUGUGGACUGAGGCCUGGAGUGGCUGGUUUACAGACUUUGGGGGGCCAAUUCACCAACGGCCAGUUGAAGAUUUGGCAUUUGCAGUUGCCCGAUUCGUUCAAAAGGGAGGUUCUUUUGUUAACUACUACAUGUAUCAUGGGGGAACCAACUUUGGAAGAACGGCUGGAGGCCCUUUCAUCACUACGAGCUAUGACUAUGAUGCUCCCAUUGAUGAAUAUGGCUUAAUCAGGCAACCCAAGUACAGUCAUUUGAAAGAACUCCACAAGGCAGUGAAAUUGUGUGAGAAAGCUUUAGUUUCUGCUGAUCCCAAUGUCACUUCAUUAGGAAGUUAUGAAAAGGCAUAUGUGUUCUCUUCCAAUACAGGGGAUUGUGCAGCUUUUCUCUCAAACUACAAUUUCAAGUCAGCAGCAAGAGUGACAUUCAACAAUAAACAAUAUGAGCUUCCACCUUGGUCCAUCAGCAUCCUUCCUGAUUGCAAUAAUGUUGUAUUCAAUACAGCUAAAGUUGGAGCUCAAAUGUCCCGGACGCAAAUGUUGCCCACUAAUGCAAAAUUGCUUUCAUGGGAGACGUUCAAUGAAGACGUGUCUUCAGUUGAUGAUAAUUCUGCAAUCACUGUUCCUGGUCUUUUGGAGCAGUUAAACGUGACCAGAGGCAGCAGUGACUAUCUCUGGUACACAACCAGAGUUGAUGUAAGUUCAUCUGAACCAUUUCUGCAUGGAGGCCAAUCUCUCACUCUAACAGUGGAGUCAAGGGGCGAUGCUUUGCAUGUGUUUGUAAAUGGACAUCUUUCAGGGUCAAUGUUUGGGACUCGGGCAAACAGGAGAUUUACUUUUACAGGAAAUAUUGACCUGCAAGCUGGAAUGAAUAAAAUUUCGCUGCUUAGUGUGGCUCUCGGACUGCCAAACAAUGGACCACAUUUUGAGACAUGGAACUCAGGAAUCCUUGGACCAGUUGUUCUACAUGGUUUAGACAAGGGAAAGAGGGACCUAUCCGUGCAGAAAUGGUCAUACAAGGUUGGGCUCAAAGGAGAAGCUAUGAAUAUUUUAUCUCCAAGUGGAACUACAUCGGUGGAAUGGAUGAAGGGCUCCUUUGCCUUGCAGAGACAACAGCCACUUAUGUGGUAUAAGGCUUAUUUUGAUGAACCUGAAGGAAAUGAGCCAUUAGCUUUUGACAUGAGUAGUAUGGGGAAGGGUGAAAUAUGGAUUAAUGGGCAGAGCAUUGGAAGAUAUUGGACUACUCCUGCUAAUGGUAACUGCAGUCUGUGCAGUUAUCCUGGAACAUUCCGACCCACGAAGUGCCAAUUUGGAUGUGGCCAACCAACACAACAAUGGUACCAUGUGCCUCGGUCUUGGUUGAAGCCAUCCCAAAAUCUAUUGGUAGUCUUUGACGAAUUUGGUGGUGAUGCAUCUAGGAUUUCUCUUGUCAAAAGGGAGGUCGCUAGUGUCUGCGCUGAGGUCUCUGAGUUCCAUCCAGGCAUUUCAAAUUUGCAUUCUGAGAGCUUUAAGAGUACAAAAGCACUAAACAAGCCUAAGGUUCAUCUAAGAUGUGAAUCUGGGCAGUCAAUUUCUACUAUAAAAUUUGCAAGCUUUGGAACUCCAUUGGGAACUUGUGGGAAUUUCCAUCAAGGAACCUGCCAUGCACGCACCUCGUACAAUGUCUUAAAGAAGAUGUGCAUUGGGCAACAAAGUUGCUCAGUUACAGUAUCGAAGAUGACUUUUGGCGCAGACCCAUGUCCAACCACACUGAAGAAACUAUCGGUGGAAGCUGUUUGUGCCCCUACUGCUAAAAAAUCUCAACCUGUUCGGACAGUUUGAAUUUAUGCUAAGGAAGUUGAACUCGAUCCGAACAUUGGAAUUGUUAGCAUAUCUCCCUAAUUAAGUUGAUUGACCAAUCUCCAUGAUUUGGUCAAUCUCCAUGAUUUGUGUAAUUAGCAUUAAUGUCAUUCAUGAUUUACCUUUGAGAGCUUGCCUCCUUCACCUAUAAGAGGAUGACCCUUGUACAGUUUUAUACAUACAAAGAAUACAGAAGUUAUUUAC